AUGCAUUCGUUCGCCGUCUACAGUCUUUUGGCAUGUGCCACUCUUUCCGUCGCUCUCGACCCUCGCUUUGAGUUCCCAGACACAGUGCCGCUGGUAAAACGCCAGCAGCCUGGCACCCCUCAAUACGCAUGCCACGAAGAUUGUGGUCUUUUAAUCACACUCGCCCGUGAAACAGGCUUCUGCGAUAGUGAUGAGUGGAAUGAGCGCUACGGCCGAUGCAUGGAAUGCGCAAACACUUAUGGCAUCUGGAAGUACUACGGCGAAGGAGUGGAGAAGGCAGCUGAGCAGUGUGAUCUGUCUCCCUCUCCCAGUCCUUCCGGUGCUGGAGCUGUCUCGACUGCCGUCUCGGCUGCUGUCUCGACUGCCGUCAAGACCCCCACGUCUACAGCUGAAGAGCCCGAGAGCACAGCUGUUGACACCUCGACUAAUGCCCCAGAGGUAUCUGAGACAGCUACCACGGCAGUGACUCCUUCUGAAGUAGCUCCCGUGGUGGUGACUUCUGCUGAAGACACCUCUAAGCAAACCGAGGUGACCACCCCUACUCCUACGCCUUCCGCCGUCGCUACCAACAGUGCGUCUCGUCAAUACGGUUUCCCAACCUUUAUCGGUCUAGUUGCUUGGACUAUCAUCAGCCUCUGUUAG